AUGGCCCUAAACGUGGACUGGAGAGGACAUCGCACCAACAAGGAGGUCUUUGGAUCACUCCCAAGAGUUAUUUCGAAGAUACAGGCCAGAAGAAUGAGCACAACAAACAGUUCAACUAACAACAAUAGCACAACAAACAGUUCAACUAACAACAAUAGCACAACUAACAGUUCAACUAACAACAAUAGCACAACAAACAGUUCAACUAACAACAAUACCACAACAAACAGUUCAACUAGCAACAAUAGCACAACUAACAGUUCAACUAACAACAAUAGCACAACAAACAGUUCAACUAACAACAAUAGCACAACAAACAGUUCAACUAACAACAAUACAACAACUAACAGUUCAACUAACAACAAUAGCACAACAAACAGUUCAACUAACAACAAUAGCACAACUAACAGUUCAACUAACAACAAUAGCACAACAAACAGUUCAACUAACAAUAAUAGCACAACAAACAGUUCAACUAACAACAAUAGCACAACAAACAGUUCAACUAACAACAAUAGCACAACAAACAGUUCAACUAACAACAAUAGCACAACAAACAGUUCAACUAACAACAAUACCACAACAAACAGUUCAACUAACAACAAUACCACAACAAACAGUUCAACUAACAACAAUACCACAACAAACAGUUCAACUAACAACAAUACCACAACAAACAGUUCAACUAACAACAAUAGCACAACAAACAGUUCAACUAACAACAAUAGCACAACAAACAGUUCAACUAACAACAAUACCACAACAAACAGUUCAACUAACAACAAUAGCACAACUAACAGUUCAACUAACAACAAUACCACAACAAACAGUUCAACUAACAACAAUACCACAACAAACAGUUGA